AGCAGCAUUAGAUCAAUAACAUAAAACAAAAUAACUGUAACAUUAAAACUCAUAAAUAAAAAGGCCAAAGUCAAGGAUCGUGUCCACAGAGGGACUGGGGCCGAAAGAUGCUGCUCUGACCUUGUGUGUGAUGAUCAGCUGUGGUGGUGGAGGUGGUGUAGGUGUAGUUUGCUGUGCUGGCCCGUCGCUCUGAGGGCUGACACUGGCGGUGACGUCAUGGUCGUUGUUUCGAAUGUCGGGAGCUAGCGCUGGGUAGGAGGCCGCGCGCUCUGCUGGGGACACAGCUCACUCAAAUCUGAACCCCUCCGUCGUCGACAGCCGCCGAUUAACUACGUUUCAGGUAAUGUCUUCAUCUCCGACUGAUUCGGCAGAUUCCCGGGAUGCGGUACCGGUCAUAAACCCAGCCGGGACGCUGUCGGGAGGCGCUCUAGUUUUGGGUUGGCUGAUUGCGUUAGCAACUCGGCUAACAGAUAGCCCGCUAACACUAGCGUUUAUUCGAUUGAAAAGCCGCGAUCUGCGUAUAGUUCGUCACCAAGGACGCUGUAGCUUUUAACUUUCGUGUUUUUCACGAUGACACGGGGCCACCGGUCGAGUUUCGUCCUUCCUUUUACACCGGUAUGCAGUGUCAGACAGACCAAACGUCCAGCGAGGCUGUUUGCUAAUGUUUGCUGUGAGCUAUUCAAGCACAGGACGCCAAUUGUUUUCUUGUGCGGACAAACUCGGACUGGGAACAGCCAGCUGGAAGUUGUUCGGCUAAACUGCAAGCAGCGCACUUUUAACGUUUGCCAGCGCGUCGGUAUUUAGGGUUUCGUACUGACGGGGUUUUUGUUUUAGUCUCGUUGUCUUUUUCGCAACUUUCUCCAUGACCAAAAACGUCUUGUGCGGCGGAAGAAAGCGUGAAACAGCUGAGUUAGCGCAUGUUUCACACACCGUCAUUUACCUUCUAGGGUGUGUGUGCGGCUCUUUGGACCUUUUGUUUCCGUCACCGUGCACAGCUCUCCGUGUUUGUUCAAACUAAUCCCACAGCUUCCUACUUUUAAAACUCGUGCUUGCUUUGAUGUUGUAAGAGGUGCAGUACAUUCGGCGAGCCGUUUCACUGGUAUUUCUAUUCCUGCUACGUUUUUGUGUUUUCCAAUAAUUUUGGAGUAUAGUUUAUUUAUUAUUAGUAUUUUCAGUGUGCCAAAGCCCAGGCCUGAUUUUGUAGUAGUCGUGGACUUUGGCCUUCAGAAGUUGGGGUUGGUCUUAAUUUUGGUUUAUGAAGUUAUAAACCUGCGACAGACCUUCAUUACAGCUGCAAGUAGUGGACCAUAACCUUUAAUUCACAAAGACCUCUUUUCCACUUGUCCAGUGCCUAAUCUAGAGCUGGUUCAGUGCAUUCCAGUAAAAGGGGGGGGGGAGAAUGACUACUUUCUGUGCCAGAAAAGUGUGAACCAGCUCAGUGCUGCAAAUUUACUGGUGGUAAAAGUUGAAAGGGGCUUCAGCUAGAAAGUAACAGUAUUUGCCGAUUAAGCCUCAGGAUUAGUCUGCUGUGAUUGUCCUUUUCUUUAAGCUAUGUAAAGAUCAGUCCUCGAGCCUUUCAGAGCUGGACUGGCUCUGUGUCGGUGCAAAAGAGGAUUAUCCUCUCCCAUCCCCCUUACCCCCUCUGUCAGAGCAUGGCUCAGGAGACCAAUCAGACGCAGGUGCCAAUGCUUUGCACUAUGGGAUGCGGUUUCUAUGGUAACCCCCGCACCAACGGCAUGUGCUCGGUCUGCUACAAGGAACACCUGCAGAGACAACAGGGAGGGGGGCGGUCCAGCCCCCCUGGAGAGAAAGCUGCUACUUCACCAGCGGGAUCACCAGGGUCGGCCGGUGCAACUGUGGAGAGCACAACCUCAGAGGCGGGUACAGAGGUGGCAGGAACCCCACCUGAGGAACAGACAACCAGUCCCAGCUCCACCAGCCCAGUAACUCAACAGAUGACAGCUAUGAGCAUCUCCCAGGAUUCAGGAGCUGUGGAUUCUGAUCGAGCAGAGGCCGAGGAGGGUGAAGAGGAGGGUACUUCAAACAGCACAGAGCCAGUCGGGGAAGCUGCGCAGGCUUCGUCUGACGGCGACCAGACUCCUGAUAAAAACAAGAAAAAGAAUCGUUGCUUUUCUUGCCGGAAGAAAGUAGGACUUACUGGUUUUGACUGUCGCUGUGGCAACCUGUUCUGCGCCAUCCAUCGUUACUCUGACAAACACGACUGUCCCUAUGAUUACCGGAGCGCAGCCGCUGCCCAGUUACGCAAGGAGAACCCCAUCGUGGUGGCUGAGAAGAUUCAGAAGUUAUGAGGACUGAGAGCAAAAAAGAAGUUUCUGACUUUGUGAAUUUGAACAAUGGCGACUUGGAUGAAAACACCUGAUAUCGUGGCUUCAUUUGUUCAUGGUAGUGUAAAGCGGGAGGGGUGGGGGUGGUGCGGUCGCAGCCACAGUCCAGACACUUCCCUUACUAGCAUCUCCCUCUCUCUCCACUUGUGACUGCAGCGUGUGUGUGUGUGUGUGUGUGUUUGUAUGAAAGUGUGUGUGUGUGCGUGCACAUUUGCUUGAGAGCUGGGGAGAGAGCCAUGAGGGCUUGGUGGACAUUUGCCGUGGGAAGGGCAGGAAUUUGAUUUUUACCCCUUUUUUUUGUUGUUGUUUUUCCACUUAGCGGGAUCGUGUGAGUGUAUUUUUAUACAAUCCCUGUAGGUAGCUGAAAUGAACGAGGAUAAGCUGUUAAGGAAUGUGUCAAUCGGGAUAAUGACAGAAACACAUUUAGGGGGUCUAGUGACUCGUAUAUCAGCAAGACCUUUAAAGGGCUUUGGAAUAUAGUAUUUUAUCCCAGACUGAAAAAUGAUGUCAACUACUUGUCAAAUUGGCAACUCCUUUACUCUGUGGGCGACCACAUGUAGUACUCCAAAGUCUGAGUUUUCCACAUACGUCUCUCUUUGAUAUGUAGGCUUGUAUGGAUACUGGGUGCAUGAAGAGUCAUUGGAAGGGGAAAGCCGGGGAGGGAAACAAACAACCUUGACUUAACUGUGUGAUUGAAUUAUUUUUUUUCUUCUUUAUUUUAAUGAGCGUAUGACAUCAGAAGAUCUAUAUUAAUAUAUUGUAGUUAGCUUGAAUUGUGUGAUUGCAUUCUAUUUAUUUUUUAUCGUUUGGUUGGUCUGUGCUGGAGGAUUGGCAGCAUGUGUCCGCAAAUCUUUAACGAUUUGCUCUUAACUUUUACUUCGAUUAUAUUUAAGUAAUUCCAUCCCGAUUAUGUAACCAGUGAAGAAGAAAAUGCGCGCCCGAGCUCUGACGUGACGGAGCGGAGCCGGGCCGAGCCGCUCGGAGGGAGCGAGUGCAGUAGGAUGUCAGUCAUUAAGGCUUUGGGUAUGAAGCACAACGACGUGUGUCAGCUGCAGAGCACAAGCUACGGUGCCACGCCCGCUCAGUUUUGUUCAGCAUUCGGGUCAAUUGCAGUUUAUAUCCGAGCUGUAUCGCAGCCUUGCUAAUGAAAUUGCCUUGUCGAGUUGCUGAGAUUUUCCUUCUUCGGUAUGGCGGCGCGCUCGCCUCGAAUGACCUUUUAUGUUCUUUGGAGCCAGUAUGAAGCUCCACGUUUCUCCUACCACCAGCAGACCACUGACACAUGCUGAAUGAAAACUGACCCGGGUCGCAGUUGCUCUCAUAGAUGAUGACGUACGUUCUGCUCAGCGUUGCAGUGCCGCAGAGUUGCGUGCUGUGCUUUUACAGUGUGCUCAGACUGCUUCUAGCUAGCUUCUUCUAGGAAGAUCAGUCCCACGUGCAUGUGUGCAGUCAAACACGCGUUGCUGUUUUGUGACCGCGUAGUUUGAAAUGAAGCUGGAAUGUUCAAAAAGUCGCACAGCAGUAGCACAAUGCAUGGCCGGAACCAUAAGGUUCCCGUAAACAGGACUCUGUUUUGUUUUUUUUCCAAAUGUAAAUACCAUACAGCUCCUCUUCUUAUAGUAUAACCUCAAUGUAGAUUUUUGCCAGGUAAUAAAGGUGGGGAAUUAAGGCAACAAAUAGUACUCUCUGUAUUAAAGUGCUUUUCAUAAUUAUCCAAAAAAUUGUGCUACAACUAGCACUGAUGCUUCCCCAUCUUGUUUCCUAAUUUUUCAGGUUUUUACGUGUAAUGUUCAAAUUGUUUAAUAACCACUAGUAUCCCCCUGCAGGCCACGUGGUUUCUAUUACCAUACUAGCUACAUUCUUAACCAGCCCCCCCCCCUCCCGAGCUAUAUUAACGUUGCUGAAUAACAGAGUAUCUCAGUCAGUGCUUUUAUCCUGUUACUGAUUUGUAGCAAUAGCGAUAUUACUGAAAGUUUAAAGGGCCCCAAGCAAGAAAUAGAGGGCCGACUGAGGGUUCAUCUUUUCAUUAUUAAAAGCUUUCCCUGUAAAUGUUGCUUGAUGCGGUUCAUUAUAUAUUAAUGAAAGCUGGAGAAAAGUUGCAUUUGAAUUUUCAGGGAAUGCAAUUUAAAAAUAAUCCACCGCAAAAGGCGAGGGAGAGGAAUAACACUCCUCCGUGUGUCGGCUUAGUUCUGCCUCUUCUGAUUGAAAAAGAGCCUUCGUCGAGUCUUUGUGUUAAUGGCCGACGUGAUGACUUGGCAUGGCAACGCCAAGACGUUUUGCCGUGGAUGAGUUGAGCCCGUAGUGACGGUGAUUUAACUUCUUCCUCCGUCACACCAACAGUGUAAAUUUCGACUUGAGAAGGUGUUAACUGUGAUAUUCAGGGGGACGAGUGGUUGGUGCUGCUCUGCAGUUCGGUGUGUUUUAGACACAGAAUUCUCAGACUUGCUGGGUUGAUGAUUAUAAAACAUCGUUGCAUACGGUAAGCUCGGUUUUCCUUUACAGAUUAAUUGUCUCUUCAUAGGAGAAUUUUCCUGUGAUGAUUGUUCAGUUAUGUAAAUCAUGGGGGGUUUCAUGGUUUACGCUCAUUUUCUAUUGACUGCUCAUAUCAGUGCUCCAAACGUUUCAGCAUGUUUUUCCUGAUAAAUGUGAGCAGUUUGAAUGUAAACCACCACAAGUCACACGAGAAGUUGUAUUGCCGUCAGACUGACUGUCCGUUGGCCGACGAUGGUUGUCUUUAUGUGAUUUGAGACAUUUGAAUCAUUCAAAUCUUUUGACUGUUUGACUUGCCACCAGCAAUUAGGGCUACGUGACCUGAGUAACUGAGAUAUUAUCAGUGCAUAUACUUGUGUUUUUUUUCCCCCUUUUCUGUUGCAUUGAUUAUUGUUUGAUGUUCUCACACCUUUCAUAAUCAGUGUCUUCAUCAUGCACUGGUUUUGAUUGAGAAUAAUAAACCUGUGAGUUAGGGUGAAUUUUCUACAGCUUCACUGCAGAGAUAAAGACAUAUUAUUCUGUCUUUCAAGAUGAGCUUUAGGGACUUGAGAUGAAAUCUACGAUGUUCACAGAGGUGUAGUUGCCAUCCCUUGGCACUCCAGUCCCCCAGAAACACCACCAGAUAUCUUUUUAUUUUAUUUUUUCUUUUAAGAGUUAGGAUUGUAUGAUGUGUAAGAGUAAGUAUAAACAAUAAAAUCACAAAGUUUAUUUUAA